AUGUCACAGGUUUGGCAUAAUUCGAAUUCGCAAUCAAACGAUGUGGCUACUUCAAAUGACGCUACGGGUUCCAACGAAAGAAACGAAAAAGAACCGUCCCUCCAGGGAAAUAAGCCCGGUUUUGUUCAACAGCAGCAACGGAUUACUUUACCCUCGCUAUCUGCCUUGAGUACUAAGGAGGAAGAUAGAAGAGAUUCCAAUGGCCAACAGGCUCUAACUUCUCAUGCUGCUCACAUAUUAGGUUAUCCUCCCCCACAUUCAAAUGCUAUGCCCUCAAUUGCAACUGAUUCAGCAUUGAAACAGCCCCACGAGUAUCACCCUCGCCCUAAAUCUUCGUCCUCUUCUCCCUCUAUAAACGCUUCGCUUAUGAAUGCUGGUCCAGCUCCCCUCCCCACAGUGGGAGCCGCCAGUUUUUCUUUGUCGAGAUUUGACAAUCCAUUACCGAUAAAAGCUCCUGUUCAUACAGAGGAACCAAAAAGUUAUAAUGGUCUUCAGGAAGAAGAAAAGGCGACGCAACGGCCUCAAGAUUGCAAGGAAGUUCCCGCUGGUGUGCAGCCUGCUGAUGCCCCUGACCCUAGCAGCAACCAUGCAGAUGCUAACGAUGACAAUAAUAACAACGAAAAUUCUCACGAUGAAGAUGCUGACUACAGACCUCUAAACGUGAAGGAUGCCCUAUCUUACCUCGAACAGGUCAAAUUUCAAUUUAGUUCGCGUCCGGAUAUCUAUAAUUUAUUUUUAGAUAUUAUGAAGGACUUUAAAUCUCAGGCAAUAGACACACCGGGCGUUAUUGAAAGAGUAUCCACUUUGUUCAGAGGUUAUCCAAUUUUGAUUCAAGGGUUCAAUACUUUUCUACCCCAAGGCUAUAGAAUCGAAUGCUCCUCUAAUCCGGACGACCCCAUUAGAGUUACUACACCAAUGGGUACUACGACAGUAAACAAUAACAUCAGUCCAUCUGGUAGAGGUACAACGGAUGCACAGGAACUUGGUUCUUUUCCAGAAAGCGAUGGAAAUGGUGUUCAACAGCCCUCCAAUGUGCCAAUGGUGCCUUCGAGUGUGUAUCAAUCGGAACAAAACCAAGACCAACAACAAUCUUUGCCUCUUUUAGCUACUUCUUCUGGUUUACCUUCAAUUCAACAACCUGAAAUGCCUGCACAUCGCCAAAUCCCACAAAGUCAAUCUUUAGUGCCUCAAGAAGAUGCUAAGAAAAACGUUGAUGUCGAAUUUAGUCAAGCCAUAAGCUACGUUAAUAAAAUUAAAACUAGAUUUGCCGACCAACCUGAUAUUUACAAGCAUUUUCUGGAAAUACUACAAACUUAUCAGCGAGAGCAAAAGCCAAUAAACGAAGUCUACGCACAAGUGACGCAUCUUUUCCAAAAUGCUCCUGAUUUACUAGAAGAUUUCAAGAAAUUCUUGCCGGACUCUUCAGCUUCUGCCAAUCAGCAGGUGCAACAUGCUCAGCAACAUGCUCAACAACAACAUGAGGCCCAAAUGCAUGCACAGGCACAAGCUCAGGCUCAGGCACAGGCACAGGUGGAACAACAGAAGCAGCAACAGCAAUUCUUGUAUCCAGCUUCGGGCUAUUACGGCCAUCCUUCUAACCGAGGUAUUCCACAGCAAAACUUGCCUCCUAUAGGAAGCUUCUCGCCUCCAACAAACGGUUCGACCGUACAUGAAGCCUAUCAGGAUCAACAGCACAUGCAACCACCCCACUUCAUGCCCUUACCAUCGAUCGUUCAACACGGGCCAAAUAUGGUACAUCAAGGGAUAGCGAAUGAAAAUCCACCUCUAUCAGAUCUAAGAACGUCUCUCACUGAACAGUACGCUCCUUCUAGUAUACAACAUCAGCAGCAGCACCCGCAAAGUAUUAGUCCUAUAGCAAAUACGCAGUAUGGUGAUAUCCCUGUUAGACCGGAAAUUGAUUUAGAUCCUAGCAUUGUGCCUGUGGUCCCUGAACCCACUGAGCCCAUCGAAAACAAUAUAUCGCUUAAUGAGGAAGUCACUUUCUUCGAAAAGGCCAAGAGGUAUAUCGGCAAUAAACAUUUAUACACUGAGUUUUUGAAAAUUUUAAAUUUGUACUCUCAAGAUAUACUUGAUCUUGACGAUUUAGUGGAAAAGGUAGAUUUCUACUUGGGUUCCAAUAAAGAACUAUUUACGUGGUUCAAAAACUUUGUUGGCUACCAAGAAAAAACCAAAUGUAUCGAGAAUAUUGUUCAUGAAAAACAUAGAUUGGAUUUAGAUUUAUGUGAGGCAUUUGGCCCAAGUUACAAGAGGCUACCAAAAAGUGACACUUUCAUGCCAUGCUCAGGUAGGGAUGAUAUGUGUUGGGAAGUCUUGAACGAUGAAUGGGUUGGACAUCCUGUAUGGGCUUCCGAAGAUUCGGGAUUUAUUGCUCAUCGUAAAAACCAGUAUGAGGAAACACUAUUCAAGAUCGAAGAGGAAAGACAUGAGUAUGAUUUUUACAUUGAAUCAAAUUUAAGAACUAUUCAAUGUUUGGAAACAAUUGUAAAUAAGAUCGAGAACAUGACUGAGAAUGAAAAAGCCAAUUUUAAACUGCCUCCAGGUCUUGGCCAUACUUCAAUGACUAUUUAUAAAAAAGUGAUAAGGAAAGUUUAUGAUAAGGAAAGGGGGUUCGAGAUUAUUGAUGCUUUGCAUGAGCACCCUGCAGUGACAGCCCCAGUCGUUCUGAAAAGGUUAAAGCAAAAAGACGAAGAAUGGAGAAGAGCUCAACGUGAAUGGAAUAAAGUUUGGAGGGAGUUAGAACAGAAGGUUUUUUUCAAGUCAUUAGAUCAUUUAGGCUUAACAUUUAAACAGGCUGACAAGAAAUUAUUAACUACAAAGCAGUUGAUAUCAGAGAUUAGCAGCAUCAAAGUUGAUCAAACAAACAAAAAAAUUCACUGGUUAACUCCUAAACCAAAGAGCCAGUUAGAUUUUGAUUUCCCUGAUAAAAACAUUUUCUAUGAUAUCUUGUGUUUGGCUGACACUUUUAUAACCCAUACCACAGCCUAUUCUAAUCCCGAUAAAGAAAGAUUGAAAGAUUUACUAAAAUACUUCAUCUCUUUGUUUUUUUCUAUUUCUUUCGAAAAAAUCGAAGAAUCGUUGUACUCCCAUAAGCAAAACGUGUCAGAAUCUAGCGGAUCUGACGAUGGCAGUUCUAUUGCAUCAAGGAAGAGGCCCUAUCAACAAGAAAUGAGUUUACUUGAUAUUUUACACAGGAGCAGAUAUCAAAAGCUAAAGCGUUCUAAUGAUGAAGAUGGCAAAGUUCCCCAGCUCUCUGAACCACCCGAAGAAGAACCUAAUACCAUUGAGGAGGAAGAGCUCAUCGAUGAAGAAGCUAAAAAUCCGUGGCUAACUGGGAAUUUAGUGGAGGAAGCAAACUCUCAGGGUAUUAUCCAAAAUCGCAGUAUUUUUAAUCUAUUCGCUAAUACGAAUAUUUACAUAUUUUUCCGUCAUUGGACAACGAUUUAUGAGCGGCUUUUGGAAAUUAAGCAAAUGAAUGAAAGGGUCACAAAGGAAAUCAACACAAGGUCGACAGUUACUUUUGCCAAAGAUCUAGAUUUAUUAUCGAGUCAACUUUCCGAAAUGGGACUAGAUUUUGUUGGUGAAGACGCGUACAAACAGGUUUUAAGACUGAGUAGAAGGUUGAUUAAUGGGGAUCUUGAACAUCAGUGGUUUGAAGAGAGUUUGCGGCAAGCUUACAAUAACAAAGCGUUUAAACUCUAUACAAUUGAUAAAGUCACCCAAUCGUUGGUAAAGCAUGCUCAUACCUUGAUGACUGACGCUAAAACUGCGGAAAUAAUGGCUUUGUUCGUUAAAGAUAGAAAUGCCUCCACCACGAGUGCGAAGGACCAAAUUAUCUAUCGCUUGCAGGUGCGCUCACAUAUGUCCAACACAGAAAAUAUGUUUAGAAUAGAGUUUGAUAAAAGAACUCUGCAUGUUUCCAUUCAAUAUAUUGCACUUGAUGAUUUGACACUAAAGGAACCAAAGGCAGACGAAGAUAAAUGGAAAUAUUAUGUAACAUCGUAUGCUCUGCCACAUCCAACAGAAGGCAUUCCGCACGAGAAACUGAAGAUACCAUUUUUGGAAAGGCUCAUCGAAUUUGGACAAGAUAUUGAUGGAACAGAGGUAGAUGAGGAGUUUUCCCCCGAAGGCAUCUCUGUAUCGACAUUGAAAAUUAAGAUCCAGCCUAUAACCUACCAACUGCAUAUUGAAAACGGGUCUUACGAUGUUUUUACCCGUAAGGCUACUAACAAAUAUCCUACUAUUGCUAAUGAUAAUACUCAAAAAGGAAUGGUUUCUCAGAAGAAGGAGUUGAUAUCAAAAUUUCUAGACUGUGCAGUUGGUUUGAGAAAUAAUUUAGAUGAGGCUCAAAAAUUAAGUAUGCAAAAAAAAUGGGAGAACCUAAAAGACAGCAUAGCAAAGACGAGUGCUGGAAACCAGGGAAUAGAGAGUGAAACCGAAAAAGGUAAAAUUACGAAACAGGAGCAGUCGGAUAAUUUGGACAGCUCUACUGCAAGUGUACUGCCUGCAUCCAUUACUACUGUACCACAAGAUGAUAAUAUAGAAACGACUGGGAAUACUGAAUCUUCAGACAAGGGGGCUAAGAUUCAAUAA